GUUUCCUGAAGCGGCGCUGGGGUUGGCGGUCCGGGUUGACCUGUUGGGCUGCUGCAGUAUGACCUUUCACUGACCCGCUCUGGAAGAAGCGCAGCUCCCUCAUGUGCAUCCUUUUCUUUAAGUUUGACCCACGACCUGUUUCCAAAAAUGCAUACAGGCUUAUCCUAGCAGCAAAUAGAGAUGAAUUUUAUCUAAGACCAUCAAAAUCGGCAGACUUCUGGGACAGCAGCAAUGAGAUCCUUAGUGGCUUGGAUAUGGAGGAAGGGAAAGAAGGCGGGACCUGGCUUGGAAUCAGCAAGAAAGGCAAGAUGGCGGCCCUGACAAACUACAUGCAGCCAAAGAUAGACAAGAAUGCCAAAGGGAGAGGUGCCCUUGUGACAAACUUCUUGACGACAGAGCUGGACAGUUACUCUUACUUGAAGAAAGUUGCCUCAGAAGGACACCUUUACAAUGGAUUUAAUUUAAUAGCAGCAGACUUGAAAGGUAGCGCCCACCUAAUUGCUGCCAGUGGAGGAAAAAACCCAGAAGCGGCAGGCACAGGCUCCGGUUGGUUGAGUCGUCCGAGCGGCAAGGCAGGCCUCCCUGGAAGGAACACCACCAAGGGAGAUGUAAUUUACUAUUACGGAAACAAAGGAGACCCAGAUCCUGUCUUCCUAAAUCCCGGGGUUUAUGGCUUGAGCAACUCUUUGCUGGAUACUCCAUGGAAGAAGCUUCAGUUUGGAAAACAGCUCUUCACAGAUGUUGUCAAGCACAGUCAAGACCUCACCAAGGAAGACCUGGUGCAAGAGCUCAUUAAAGUGAUGAACAACCAAGACCCGCAGUUGCCGGACCCUGCCAUUGAGGAUCAGGGGAAAGACUACAUCCUCCCCAUCCUGGACAAGUAUGCUGCUAUAUGUGUCCGUUGCCCAAAUUAUGGAACCAGGACGAAUACGGUCAUUCUCAUUGAUGCUGAAGGCCACGUCACUUUCACCGAGCGCACAAUGCUGAAUGCAGAUGUUGACCAAUGGAAAAUGAGCACCUAUCAGUUCAAACUGCAGAUUUAACAGCUUUCCAUUUGAAUGGAUCGCAAGAAUAGGGAACGAGAGCAAGCUAUUGGAG